UGGCUCGGGAGCGCGAUGAGCCGCCCGUCCUCCACCGGCCCCAGCGCUAGCAAGCCGUGCAGCAAGCCGCCGCCGCCCCAGCACGCCCCGUCCCCGGCUGCGCCCCCGGCCGCCGCCACCAUCUCGGCCGCGGGCCCCGGCUCGGCCGCGGUGCCCGCCGCGGCGGCGGUGAUCUCGGGCCCGGGCGGCGGCGGCGGCGGCGGCGGCGGCGGCGGCGGCGGGGCCGGCCCGGUGUCCCCGCAGCACCACGAGCUGACCUCGCUCUUCGAGUGCCCCGUGUGCUUCGACUAUGUGCUGCCCCCCAUCCUGCAGUGCCAGGCCGGGCACCUGGUCUGCAACCAAUGCCGCCAGAAGCUGAGCUGCUGCCCGACGUGCAGGGGCGCCCUGACGCCCAGCAUCAGGAACUUGGCUAUGGAGAAGGUGGCCUCGGCGGUCCUGUUCCCCUGCAAGUAUGCCACCACGGGCUGCUCCCUGACCCUGCACCACACGGAGAAGCCAGAGCACGAGGACAUCUGUGAAUACCGCCCCUACUCCUGCCCCUGCCCCGGCGCCUCGUGCAAGUGGCAGGGCUCCCUGGAGGCCGUCAUGUCCCAUCUCAUGCACGCGCACAAGAGCAUCACCACCCUCCAGGGGGAGGACAUCGUCUUUCUGGCCACAGACAUUAACCUGCCCGGGGCCGUCGACUGGGUGAUGAUGCAGUCGUGCUUUGGCCACCACUUCAUGCUGGUGCUGGAGAAGCAGGAGAAGUACGAGGGCCACCAGCAGUUCUUCGCCAUCGUGCUGCUCAUCGGCACCCGCAAGCAGGCCGAGAACUUUGCCUACAGGCUGGAGCUGAACGGGAACCGGCGGAGACUGACCUGGGAGGCCACCCCGCGCUCCAUCCACGACGGCGUGGCCGCGGCCAUCCUGAACAGCGACUGCCUCGUGUUCGACACGGCCAUCGCGCACCUGUUCGCGGAUAACGGCAACCUGGGAAUCAACGUGACCAUCUCCACGUGUUGUCCGUGAGGCGCCGGGGUGAUCUGGGCACGGCGCUCCAUGGUGAAUAAAGGUGUUUUGUUUUGUUUUCGUUUUUUUUUUUUUUAUAGAUGUUCUAAUUCACUGCGUCUUCACAAAAUCGAGUGGCCCCCGUGUCCCGUUUGAGCAGCAGCUUCCCAGCGGGCCUCGGCCCAACGAAGUUCGUUAAACAGGGAGGAGUGGGGUUGGCCUCUUAGCCAUUUGGAGUCUGUUCUGUGAUCUAAAAUCAACUUUAUUAUUACAUCCUGUUCCCUUCCUGAACAGCACUUGACAGGUCGCUCAGGGCUCCCGUAGACCGGGGUGUUGGGAACUGGAGGCUCCCUCCUGCUGGACUCCCUCUGUUGGUCCCUCCAAGUUGACAAAAAGCACAGUGACUGUCGAUAGAGUCCUUAACCUUACUUUUACCUUGUUUCUAGGGGGGUAGGAAUUGUUUCAGUGCAUUUUAAACCGUGUCUCUCAAACUGGGUGGCUAACCGGUGUGCGCAGAAUCACCCGUAGUACUCCUCUUACGCCUGCACGUCUGGGGAGCCUGUGAUGGUCACUGUCCUCAGGUGAUUCUGUUCGACAAUAAAGUUUGAGAAUUACUGGCUUAAAUUGUGGAAAGGGUCCAGAUUUUAAAGGUGCUUUACGACUGCCCUCUACUGAUACUGUUUGUCUUUCUACCAUUUCAUGCCCCCACCACCUACCACUACGCCCAGAUUGAAACCAGAACUGCAGAUCCCCAUGAACACACUCCUGGGAUUUGGUCACUCUCUUAUGUUUGGGGUGAAUUGCCUAGGAAAGCGAAUCGUAUGGCCGUUGAUAGUUGUCCCAUGAUUAGUUUUUGCUCAUCACUAGUACAGAUGACCUGUUUACACGUGGCUUCCCUCGGAGGCCACCCUUGACCGUAGAUGGUGGGACAGACUAGAUCAGUAGAGUUGGAAAAGCUUUAUAACCAGUGUCAUAUGCUUGCUAUUUAAAGGUAUGUGUUGGAUUGUUGUUUUUUGCCACAUUCACUUUAGUUUUGUAAUAAAUAUUUUCCAAAAAUGAA